ACUCGACGGUGAAUGUUGUUAUUUCCCGAUCGACUCGCAACUAUAUAAAGACACCAAUCUCACCAAGAGAUCGAACACCACUCAUUCCCCAUCGCCAUACAUUGCCACUGACCGUCCCUGAUCACCAACAGAGACCACUGCAGAUAGGUUUUACCCACACUGACAAUGUCCGAAGAACAAGCUCACAUUCAGUGGGAGGCAGAGAAAAAGGGCCAGCACCCCCACGCGCCACACCCUCACGCUCUGCCACCUCGUCCAUCCACCCCACACCCCGCAGCUCGUCUUGCACCUGUCGCGAGCGCGACCAACAGCGCUUCGAAGAAAGCGGUAGUCUCUGUCACUACUAAUGGCGAAGAGGCGCAGGAUCCCAAUCCUGAUCCUGCUGCAACAAGCACCGAUGAUGAAGCGACUCCCGUUCAAACCGUGCCUCUGGAGGCCACCUGGGCGGAGCACUUCGCCAAACACGCCGAGACGCGGUCCCCUCGAGUCCAACCCAAAAGCCUCGUUCGCUGCCAGUCCUCCUCCACUCACCAACCUGGUGGUUAUCACUAUGGAGACUAUGCGGUUCAGGCUGACAGAGCGGCUCUCGAGGCCCCCCGUGCUGUUCGCGCAGCACGUAGCGAGGGCACCUGCUCUCCGGGCUCUGGACUAGCAUCGGACUACUUCACCGCGCCUGAGGAUGCUGGAGAGGACUCGGACGAGUAACGGUG